AUGGCCCAAAUCACGGAGGGGGCGACGGAUUCAGUGGAGGCGGUGUGGUUCAAUUUCAUGACAACCGAAGAGGUUCGAAAACACAGCUUUUUGAAAGUUACCAACGCCAAUUUGCUUGACCUCAUGGACCGCCCUAUGCCUGGCGGAUUAUACGACGCCGUUUUAGGGCCUAUUGAGGAUCGAACUCCUUGUAAAAGCUGUGGCCUCUUGAAAUUACAUUGCCCGGGUCAUUGUGGUCACAUUGACUUAGUGUCUCCGAUUUAUAAUCCCUUGCUGUUCAAUUUUCUUCAUACCCUUCUUCAGAGGAUCUGUUUCUUUUGUUAUCAUUUUAGGGCAGAAAAGACUGAGGUUGAGAGAUGUGUUUCGCAAUUGAAACUCAUUGCAAAAGGUGAUAUUGUUGGUGCCAAAAGGUUAGAUUCAGACUCCACAGAUGCAUCAUCGUAUUCGGAUCAUAAUGAAGGGUGUCAAGAAUUAGGUUCAAUAGUACACAAUUCUGAGGCUGUAAACCCGAAGGAAUGGAAUUCUGUUCAGCUUACGGGAGCAAUGUCAGUUUUAAAUAACUUUCUAAAACUGAAAUACAACAAGUGUAAGAACUGUGAUGCAAAAAAUCCUAAUAUCACCAAACCUGUUUUUGGUUGGUUACACACGAAUGGCAUGUUGGGUGCUCAAAUGAGGGAAAAUGUUAUCAGAGGGUGCAAAAUGGUAGACACAUUUUCUGGUGAAGCAGGAUCUGGCUUAGAAGAUGCUGAUGAUAUGUCUAGCUCUGGAAAUGGUUUUGAUAUAGCUGAAAUGGAUACUCCUGAAAUUGGCUUUACAGGAUAUGAAGGUGCUGGUGCAAAAGCUCGUAAAAAGAAGGCGCAAGUCCCUCUUGAGUUCAUGAAGCAGAAAAAUUUGUUUUCAGGACCUUUGUUGCCAUCAGAGGUUAAAAAAAUUACAAAACUUCUGUGGGAAAAUGAGGUUGAACUUUGCUCAAUAAUCAGUGAUAUCCAGCAGCAAGGAUCUGGAAAGAAAGUGGGCUACUCUAUGUUCUUUUUAGAGACCAUUCUUGUGCCUCCUAUUAAGUUCCGUGCUCCAACCAAGGGAGGUGAUUCUGUGAUGGAGCAUCCUCAGACUGUUUUGCUAAGUAAGGUGUUGCAGGCCAAUAUAUCACUAGGAAAUGCUUAUACAAACAAUUUGCAGAGUUCAAAUGCUGUAGUUAGACUGUGGAUGGAUCUCCAGCAAUCUGUAAAUUUGUUGUUUGAUAGCAAAACUGCAAUGAGUCAAAGGAGAGAUGUGAGCUCAGGAAUAUGUCAAUUGCUGGAAAAGAAGGAAGGCAUGUUUCGCCAGAAAAUGAUGGGGAAAAGGGUUAAUUUUGCAUGCCGAUCUGUUAUAUCUCCGGAUCCUUAUUUAGCCGUUAAUGAGAUUGGGAUUCCACCUUAUUUUGCAUUAAGGUUAACCUAUCCUGAGAGAGUGACUCCUUGGAAUAUUGUAAAGCUGAGGGAAGCUAUUAUAAAUGGCUCUGAAUGUCAUCCGGGGGCUACACACUAUGUUGAUAAGUUGUCCACUAAAAGGCUGCCACCAAGCCAAAAAGCACGUAUUUCCAUAUCAAGAAAAUUACCUUCAUCAAGAGGUGCUAUUACCCAACCUGGACAGAAUUUGGACUAUGAAUUUGAAGGAAAAAUUGUUCUCCGGCACUUACAAGAUGGGGAUGUUGUGUUAGUCAACCGACAGCCUACACUUCACAAGCCAAGUAUAAUGGCGCAUGUAGUUCGUGUGUUGAAGGGGGAGAAGACAAUUCGUAUGCACUAUGCAAAUUGCAGUACGUACAAUGCUGAUUUCGAUGGUGAUGAAAUAAAUGUACAUUUCCCACAAGAUGAAAUUUCUCGUGCUGAAGCAUACAACAUUGUUAAUGCAAAUAAUCAAUAUGUCAGGCCUUCGAAUGGUGAACCAAUCAGAGCCUUAAUUCAGGAUCAUAUUGUAAGUGCUGUACUUCUCACAAAGAGGGAUACUUUCUUAAGUCGUGAUGAGUUUAAUCAGCUUCUGUAUAGCUCAGGUGUUUCCAGUUUAUCCCAAAAUUCUUUCUCCGGUAAACCUGGCCAGAAAGUUUUCAUAUCAACUUCUGAAGAAGGGAUGCUGUCCAUUAUACCUGCGAUAUUGAAACCAAAACCCCUUUGGACAGGGAAGCAGGUCAUCAGUGCUGUGCUAAGUCAUAUUACAAGGGGUCACCCACCAUUUACGGUGGAAAAAACUGGGAAAACCCCACGUGAUUUUUUUAGAAACAGACGAAAUAAAAAUAAACAAAGUGCAAGAGAAGAAAAUCAACCAAAGAAUGAUGGCCAAAAAGCCAACAUUGCUGAAAAAAACUCAAAGAAAGAACCAGAUGAAGAGAAGAUAUUGAUAUACAGAAAUGACUUGGUGCGUGGUGUGAUUGAUAAGGCUCAGUUUGCUGACUAUGGUCUAGUUCAUACAGUUCAGGAGCUCUAUGGCUCAAACACUGCAGGCAUUUUGCUGUCAGUGUUUAGUCGUCUCUUUACGGUUUUCUUGCAGAUGCAUGGCUUCACAUGUGGAGUAGAUGACCUUUUGAUAAUGGAAGAUAAGGACAUUGAAAGGAAGAAGCAACUUGAAGAUUGUGAAAAGAAAGUCACAGAAGCACAUUAUGAGCUUUUUGGAGUCAAGGUGGAUAGUGAAACAGCUCCAACAGAGUUGCAAUUGGAAAUUGAGAGAACCAUACGCAGAGAUGGAGAGACUGCACUGACAGCCUUGGAUAGAAAGAUGAUAAGUGUGCUUAAUGAGAACUCAAGCAAAGGUGUUCUUACUGAGCUGUUGUCUGAGGGUUUAGUAAAAUCUAUGGGUGAGAACUGUAUAUCUCUUAUGACUACAUCUGGGGCUAAAGGUAGCAAGGUUAACUUUCAGCAAAUUUCAUCUUUUCUGGGUCAACAAGAAUUAGAAGGGAAACGAGUACCUCGAAUGGUUUCUGGUAAAACAUUACCCUGUUUCCAUCCAUGGGAUUGGGCAGCUAGAGCUGGUGGUUUCAUCAGUGAUCGAUUUCUUAGUGGUCUUCGGCCGCAAGAAUAUUAUUUCCACUGUAUGGCUGGACGUGAAGGUCUAGUUGAUACAGCAGUCAAAACAUCUCGCAGUGGAUACCUGCAAAGAUGCCUUAUAAAGAAUCUGGAGUGUUUGAAGAUCAGUUAUGAUCAUACCGUUCGUGAUGCUGAUGGCUCCAUUGUUCAAUUUAACUAUGGUGAAGAUGGUAUUGAUGUCCAUCAGACCAGUUUUAUUGCGAAAUUUGAAGCACUGGCAUUAAAUCAAGAUAUGAUGUCAGAAAAGCUUUGUUCUCAGCUUGGAGAGCCUGAUGACUCUGACAAAAUAUUGCCUGAUGGUCUUAGGAGCAAAGCUGAGCAGUUUAUACGUGAGGAAAUAAAGAAAUACCAGCACCAGAAAAUAAAGCCAAAAGACUUCUUAAAUUUGUUGAAGCUUAAAUUUCUUUCAAGUCUUGCCCAGCCUGGAGAACCGGUUGGGGUGCUUGCUGCUCAAUCUGUGGGAGAACCUUCAACACAGAUGACGCUGAAUACUUUCCAUCUUGCGGGGCGAGGUGAAAUGAAUGUUACGCUUGGUAUUCCACGUUUGCAAGAGAUCUUAAUGACUGCUUCAAUUGAUAUCAGGACUCCAGUAAUGACAUGCCCCUUGCAUAAGGGACAAACGAAGGAGGAUGCCUUAUGUCUUGCUAAUAAGAUGAAGAAAAUCACAGUAGCUGACAUAUUAGAGAGUAUGGAAGUAUCUGUCACCCCAUUUGCUGUUGACAAUGGUGAUAUUUGUAGUAUCUAUAAACUUAAGAUGAUGCUUGGCAAACCUGACAAGUAUUUUGAGAACAGUGAUAUAACUGUGAAAGACUGUGAGCACAUCUUAAAGGUUGUGUUUUUGAGGGAGUUAGAGGAUGCUAUACAGAAUCAUCUAGUUUUGCUCUCCAAAAUUAGUGGCAUAAAAAAAUUUAUGCUGGAUUCACGACGAAAUGCUUCAAAUGAGAUGGAUGAAGAUGUUUCUGAAUGCCGAUCACGUGAGACCAAGAAUGAUGAUGAUGCUGAUGAUGCUGAUGAUGAGGAAAGAGCUGAGGAUCUUGGUCUAGAUGCACAAAAGCAAAAACAGCAAACUACAGAUGAGAUGGACUAUGAAGAUGAUUCAGAAGAGGAGCAAAAUGAAGGUGCAUCUUUGGCUGGGUUGGAAAGUGAAAUUGAUAUGUCUGAGGAUGAGACUGGAACUAUUCAAAUUAAUAUGAUUGGAUCAGAUAAUGGCAAGGAGGAGAUAUCUCAAAGUUCGCCAACCGUAGAGAACAGAUCUAAGCCUAAGUCAAGGGAGGAAAAGACUGGAUCAGAACCCAAAAGGAAGAAGAUGAAAGCAAAGUUUGUUAGGAAGGAGUCUGAUAGAGCAAUAUUUAAUGCUAUCAGAGGAUUGUGUUUUGAGGUCCAUUUUAAGUUGAAAAACGAACCUCACAUUUUACUGGCUCAGAUUGCUGAGAAGACUGCAAAGAAGGUUUACAUCCAGAGCUUUGGAAAGAUCGACCAAUGUCGAGUGACUGACUGCAGUGAGAAUCAAGUGUUUUACUAUGGGGAAGAUCCCAAAAAAAGGAAGAGUCCAUCUGACAAAGAAAAAAUACCAGCACUACACACAACUGGAGUGGAUUUUGGUGCUUUUUGGAAGAUGGAAGAUCACAUUGAUGUUAGGUAUUUAUAUUCCAAUAGCAUUCAUGCAAUGCUUAAUACGUAUGGCGUGGAAGCUGCAAGAGAAACCAUCAUUAGGGAGAUCAGUCAUGUUUUCACAUCCUACGGGAUUGCUGUCAAUAUCCGCCACCUUACACUUAUUGCUGAUUUUAUGACCCAUUCUGGAAGGUAUCGACCAAUGAGCCGACUGGGUGGUAUAGCUGAGUCGACAUCACCUUUCAGCAAAAUGUCUUUUGAGACUGCCUCUAAAUUCAUUGUUGAAGCAGCAAAACAUGGGCUGGUGGACAAUUUGGAAACACCAUCUUCUAGAAUCUGCCUUGGAUUGCCAGUGAAAAUGGGGACUGGAUCUUUUGAUUUGAUGCAGAAAGUAGAGAUUUGAUGUAUAUUAGACAUUCACUAUUUUUUUGGAAGGCUUGUAGAGUGGAGUCCAUCCAUAGCCGUCAUAACAAAAAAACCUUCUUGAAGCCAGUUUUUCCCCGCAUGGAGUAAGGGGACAAAAUAUUCAGGUAAGAAGUGAGUUGGUUGUUGUAUUAGGCUUACAAAGUUUCAGGACUCGUCCUCACACAGGUCUGUAAUAUGUAUUAUAAUUUAUAAACAAUCCAAUAUCUAGAGGAAGGUUUUAAGGUUCUUGUAUUGUUUGUUUAAAGCCUUACGAUUGGAAAAACUCGGAUGUACACGAGAGUGCAGAUUAAUCAUUGUUUAAUUCAUAAAACUGUCUUAUGCUA